GCUCAUUUUCAGAGUUGAGAAUUAAACACAUUUACUAUCGCUGGCUUCACAGAACCCACAAAAACAACAACUAUGGCGGAGCCCUCCCUAAGUGGUUCUGGCACUGAAGGAGCAGAUCCAGUGGUGCAGGAUGAGGACAGGGACUUUGAUCCUUCAGCAGACAUGCUCGUACACGACUUUGAUGAUGAGCGGACUCUGGAAGAGGAGGAAAAGCUGGAGGGAGAGAAGAACUCCUGCACCGAAAUUGAUGACCUAACUCGAGAGGGCGAUAUGCCCAUCGAGGAGCUUCUGAAAUUAUAUGGCUACAGCACUGGUGGGUCUCCAGAGGAAGAGGAUGGAGAUGUUCAAGAGGAGGAUACUUCAGAUAAUACUUGCAGCAGCUCUAGUAAACUCAAAGAGGAGGAGAGGCGAGAGCUUUCUGAUCAGGAGAAUGAGGAUGUGCAGUCGUCCAGUGAUGAGCCUCCGUCCAGCAGUGUGUCUCACAGCACAGCUCAACUUAUAUGGCAUCGGCCAUCCAGUUACUUUGAAGGGGACGAAGAAGAAUCCGAAGAUGAUGAUUAUAUAUUAACUGAAGAUUGGAAAAAGGAGAUCAUGGUUGGUUCAAUGUAUCAAGCUGAGACUCCUGUUGGCCUGUGUAAAUAUAAGGACAAUGAAAAAGUUUAUGAGAAUGACGAUCAGCUUUUGUGGAAUCCAGAGUUAGUUCCAGAGGAAAAGGUUGUAGAGUUUUUAUCCGAGGCCUCUAAACACAGUGGAGAAGAGGCUGGUGUCCAUGCCAUUCCCGAAGGAUCUCACGUCAAAGACAAUGAACAGGCUCUUUAUGAAUUGUUUAAAUGCAACUUUGAUGCAGAAGAAGCUUUAAGAAAAUUGAAAUUUAAUGUGAAACCUGCCAAAGAGGAAAUGUCAGUUUGGACGGAAGAGGAGUGUCGAGGUUUUGAACAAGGACUCAAAGCUUACGGGAAAAAUUUCAGCUCAGUACAAGCAAACAAGGUGAGAACUAGAUCUGUAGGGGAAUGUGUGGCCUUUUAUUACAUGUGGAAGAAAUCUGAGCGUUAUGAUUUCUUUGCACAGCAAACCAGGCUUGGAAAAAGAAAAUACAGCCUUCGUCCCGGGGUCUUGGAUUAUAUGGAGCGUAUUUUGGACGAGAGGGAGAGCUCUGAGUCCAGUGGAUCUUCUGUUCCUCCUCCCACCUCUUCAAACUGCUGCAAACACCCAUCAGAGCCAGAGAGUGACUCAAACGCUCACAACGGUGUAAAGAACCAUUCCUCCGAUGACCUUCUCUGCGUCAGAGAUGAGAUAUCUCAGAAAAACGUCUCUGCCACGUGUCCAGAUAUUUCCAUGGCAAACACACCACCCCCCUCUAACCCUGACACCAGCAGCCCGAGCGCACAAGUCAUGGAGAUCACAGUCAAACAGGAGGAAGAUGAGCACUCUGGACGACCUCUGAAAAGGCUUAGGACUGACACAGACCCUAACAGUGAAGGCUCUGUCCCCCACAAUGAAACAGAAACCAUCUGACUUAUCAGCAAAAGCCCAGAAAAAAAAGACUGAACUGCAGGCACACAACUCCUGACCUCAGAUGAGGGUGUUUGAUGCUGGGAGAUAGAAUCUGUUUUUAGCAUGAAGGUAGCCCCAGAAGUGUGUGUGAAUUUCAGGGAUGCAAAUGAAGCACAUUUAUGUCCUCUUAUUACUGCCGCUGAGCUCAGUUUAGAUGUUAAACACUCACGGUAGACUUUCAUUUCAGACCGUAACUCUACCACUGUAGCACUAUUUAUUAAUAUAGAUUAUCAAUGUUAUCAUGCUUGCUCCAGGUGGUUUGAAAGAAAUAUCUGACAGCUGACUGUAUUUUAUUGUGAAACUUCGGUCAUUUGGUGUGCAUAACAUUGUUUUAGCUUUAAAUGCACACUGUGGAAAAGCCCUCUUGGUUUUAUAUGAAGAAUAACGCUGUAAAUAUUCUAAAUCUAAAAUUAUGAUAAAAUACACAUUUUGUAUUUGGGACAUUUUGAAUAAUUCAACACUGUAACAUUCCAUUCUUUUCAUUUCUGAAUUUCCUAUUUGACCAAAGUGAAUGGUUGAUAUUGGUCUUUUAACAAAGCAUUUUCAGAAGAUAUUUCCUCUUUAUAUGAAAUAAUGUCUUAUUUUUGUAUUUGAUAGCUAUUUAUUUUUUUUAAUCAGAUAUUGGUGAUGCAUGAGGCCAGUAGACAGAGUAUAUUUGUAUAGGCUGGAGUGAGUAGUGUUGAAUCAAAAGGCAGAGCAGAAAUGAAUGGUGCUAUUUAUUCAUUUAGUCACUGAGAAUGUCAACCCAUCCUUAAGAUAACAUCCUAUUAUGUUUUUCUAGGACCUUGGUUAGUCCUGUCAGAAAUGGUAAAGGAAAGUGGAAUCAACAGUUUGCAUGAGUUGGUUGUAAUCCGUGUCUGCAUAGCUCAGGAAACUUAAGUACAGAAACAUAGGGUGUGUCAAAUAGCUGUCAGUUUCAAUUAGUGAACCACUCAUUCAUUAAACUCAAGACUAUUUACCCAAAUCCAUAGUGUCUUUUGUGAUUACUGAAGUGAAUUGAUUUUGUCACCUACUUUUCACCUGAGUGGUUUGUAUGCUGAAUAAAAGCUAUGAAUGGGUUUA